UGCCGGUUGCACACAAAAGCCGGUUAAAUUUGAAUCGUGAUUUCACAAGAACCAAUCAGAGAAACCCUCUUUUCAAAAAAGCCUUCUCUGAUUGGUUCUCGUGAAAUUGAUCACGAUUAAAAUUUAACCGGCUUUUGUGCAACCGGGCCAUAAUCUUCAUCUGGCUAAUAAUUGACGUGAAUAUCUUGAUGUAAAGCAGUAUUUUCCAAAGCUUAUGGCAUUGAAAAUCUAUUUUUGGAUAUUAUCAAAACAAUUAUAAUGAAUAAAAAUUAUUCUACAGUUGAUUUGCUCUAAUUUCAAAUUAUGAUUCAUCCAAGUUGAUGAUUAUAAAAUAACAUCACUAGUUUGUUAGUGGACUAGUUGGUGACGAUUUUUUUCUAACAAUCAUCGAGAUUUCAAGAUCCUUUUCUCAAGAAUUCAUCCUGUUUGGUUUUGUUGGCGUACUAGAAUGGCUCUAUCUUACUACUUAUCCAUACUUUCCUGCGCAGCUGUUAUAACUCUGAUUGGAUUGGACUCGUGUGAAUGUGCAGCAGCUGCGGGCCAAGCCGAUCAGCAGCGGAAUCAGCAGGCUUUAGAACAGCUAUUCAGGGCCAUUGAUGCUGAUAGAGAUGGUAUCAUAAAAAUGAAUGAGUUGGAAAAUUUGCAACAAAAUCAAGAAUUUCGCAAUCUUGUUAGGGACGAAAAUAGCAGAGCUAGACUGAUAGAAUUGCUGAAGAAUGCUUGUGGAAUCAACAUUGAGACUUUCAAAGCAUUGUUUAAUCAACAUUUUCAAAGGCCUGCAGUACCACAACCUCCAGCUAAUAAUCAAGACCCAGGAGUGUUGCAGGCUAUUGGCCGUGCUAUCAAUACACUUGUGGGAGACGCAAUUAGUGCAACUGUAAGGGUGGCAGCACAAGCACGUCCCCCCCUGUAGCGCAUAUAAAUAAUUGGCGCUUUAUUAUAUUCGCUCUUAUGCAUUAUUAUGUAAUAUUGAGUCUGAUUUAUUAGACUAGAUUGCAGAAUAACUGACCUGACAUUAAAAAAUGAAAAGCA